CCAGCCGAAUUGGAAUGUUAUAAGUUUGUCUACUCUGUAGUUUGCAAAAAACAACAACUUUAAAACAAAGUUACAUUUUUAUCUUAACAGAAAAUCCCAGUAAGAAAUGUGAAAAUGUCAUGUUACUACUAGAUAAAGAUAUCCUGCAGUGCUCUAAAGGAGAAAACCUCAUUACCCUUAAUGUACAUCCAGGACUUCACAGUACAGAUCUGUCAUAUAAUCCUUCUAAUUAUGAGGAACCUUCUCCUGACCAAUCACAGAUUGUUACCACAAGUACAAGUCAGAAAAGGAUUAAAAGGUUUAAUUGUUGUAAAGAAUCCACAAACCACUCAGGACUUUCUACACACCGAAGACGUCACAAAGGAGAGAAAAUGUAUUCAUGUUCAGAAUGUGGGAAAUGUUUUAGACACAAAUCACAUCUUGUUACACAUGAGAGAAGUCACACAGGAGAGAAACCAUAUUCAUGUUCAGAAUGUGGGAAAUGUUUUACAGAGAAAUCAAAUAUUGUUAUACAGGAGAGAAGUCACACAGGAGAAAAAGCAUAUACAUGUUCAGAAUGUGGGAAGUGUUUCACACUGAAAUCAAUUCUUGUUCAACAUCAAAGAUGUCACACAGGUGAGAAACCAUAUUCGUGUUCAGAAUGUGGGAAAUGUUUUACAGAUAAAUCCAAUCUUGUUAAACAUGAGAGAAGUCACACAGGUGAGAAGCCAUAUUCAUGUUCAGAAUGUGGGAAAUGUUUUACAUAUAAAUCAUAUCUUGUUAGACAUGAGAGAAAACACACAGGAGAGAAACCAUAUUCAUGUUCAGAAUGUGGGGAAUGUUUUAGACAAAAAUCACAUCUUGUUAUACAUGAGAGAAGACACACAGGAGAGAAACCAUAUUCAUGUUCAGAAUGUGGGAAAUGUUUUACACAGAAAUCCAAUCUUGUUACACAUGAGAGAAUUCACACAGGAGUGAAGCCAUAUUCAUGUUCAGAAUGUGGAAAACGUUUUUCAGAUAAAUCGAGUCUUCUAAAACAUAAGAGGAAUCACACAUGAGAGAAGCUGCAUUCAGAAUGAGAAAAAUGUUUUUGCUUCUUAAGGCAUAGGCUACUUUCACACUG